AUGUGGGCAUCCUGGAUCCCGGUUCUCUGCCUCGGUGUCUGUCUGCUGCUGCCGCCGGAGCCGGUAGGCAGCGAGGGAGCCGUUCCCAUCGCUAUCACAUGCUUUACCAGAGGCCUGGACAUCAGGAAAGAAAAAGCAGAUGUCCUCUGCCCAGGCGGCUGCCCUCUGGAAGAGUUCUCCGUGUUUGGGCACAUAGUGUACGCAUCUGUAUCAAGCAUAUGUGGCGCCGCUGUCCACAGGGGGGUAAUUGGCAACUCAGGGGGACCUGUGAGAAUCUAUAGCCUGCCAGGUCGAGAAAACUAUUCCUCAGUAGUUGCCAAUGGCAUCCAGUCUCAGACGCUUUCCAGAUGGUCUACUUCUUUCACAGUGACAAAAGGCAAAAGUGGUACCCAGGAAGCCACAGGGCAAGCAGUGUCCACAGCACAUCCAGCAACAGGUAAACGACUAAAGAAAACACCGGAGAAGAAAACUGGCAAUAAGGACUGUAAAGCAGACAUUGCAUUUCUGAUCGAUGGGAGUUUUAAUAUUGGGCAACGCCGAUUUAAUCUACAGAAGAAUUUUGUGGGGAAAGUGGCUCUAAUGUUGGGAAUUGGAACCGAAGGACCACACGUGGGCCUUGUUCAAGCCAGUGAACAUCCUAAAAUAGAAUUUUACUUGAACAACUUUACAUCAGCCAAAGAUGUUUUGUUUGCUAUAAAGGAAGUAGGUUUCAGAGGGGGUAAUUCCAAUACAGGAAAAGCCUUGAAGCAUACCGCCCAGAAAUUCUUCACUGCGGACACUGGAGUGAGAAAAGGGAUUCCCAAAGUGGUGGUGGUAUUUAUUGAUGGCUGGCCUUCUGAUGACAUCGAGGAAGCAGGCAUUGUGGCCAGGGAGUUUGGCGUCAAUGUAUUUAUAGUUUCUGUGGCUAAGCCUAUCCCUGAGGAACUGGGAAUGGUUCAGGAUGUUGCAUUUGUUGACAAGGCUGUCUGUCGGAAUAACGGCUUCUUCUCUUACCACAUGCCCAAUUGGUUUGGCACCACAAAAUACGUAAAGCCUCUGGUACAGAAGCUCUGCACUCACGAGCAAAUGAUGUGCAGCAAGACCUGUUAUAACUCAGUGAACAUUGCCUUUCUGAUUGAUGGCUCCAGUAGUGUUGGAGAAAGUAAUUUCCGCCUCAUGCUUGAAUUUGUUUCCAACAUAGCUAAGACUUUUGAAAUCUCAGACAUUGGUGCCAAGAUAGCUGCGGUACAGUUCACCUAUGAUCAGCGCAGAGAGUUCAGUUUCACUGACUACAGCACUAAAGAGAAUGUCCUAGCUGUUAUCAGGAACAUCCGCUACAUGAGUGGUGGGACAGCUACUGGGGAUGCCAUUUCCUUUACUGUUAGAAAUGUGUUUGGUCCCAUGAGAGACAGCCCCAACAAGAACUUCCUGGUAAUAGUCACAGAUGGGCAGUCCUAUGACGAUGUUCGAGGGCCUGCUGCUGCUGCACACGAUGCAGGUAUCACCAUCUUCUCUGUUGGUGUGGCUUGGGCACCUCUGGAUGACCUGAAAGAUAUGGCCUCUAAACCAAAGGAGUCGCAUGCUUUCUUCACAAGAGAAUUCACAGGAUUAGAACCAAUUGUUUCUGAUGUGAUCAGAGGCAUCUGUAGAGAUUUCUUAGAAUCCCAGCAAUAA